AUGCUCCUCCUCGCGAGCCUCUUCGCGGCGCACCUCGCGCCUCGGGCAGCAGCUGAACGGCCCUUCCCCGACACGCCUGCUGUAGUCACAUCUGCCGAGCUGAGCUCCUCCGCGGCGCCCGUUACAAGCACGUCGUCGCUUGUCACGCACGUGCGGCGGCAGCUGCUGUUCGAACGGUACAGCUGCGGCCGUUCGCGGCUUAAGGGAUACACAUCAUCGAAGCGCCUCGCCCCUGGGGGGAAGAUGGACGGCAGCAACGCCGUGGCCAUGGAGGAUACGAAUAACCCUCCCGCCGUGUAUGAUCUUGAAGGGACGUCUGCUGCGAACGCUGCGUCGUGGACCGUCGGAUCGCCGUCGAUCUCGAGUGCUGGCGGCAAGGUCACGAUGAAGUUUACAAAGAACAAGGGGGAUGGGGCGUCUGUGAAGGUGAAUGCUAAUGGCAACAACAACAUUGUGUGGGCGUAUGGCGACGGCACUGCAGUUUCCACACACACCGACCGUGGGAAUGUGGUUGUGAAUUUCGCAUGUGGGUGCCCUCUUUUCAGAAACUGCUGA